CUCGCGCGCCCCGCCACAGCCGCCGCGGACACCGCGCCUCGCCAUGGAGCGGCCGGCUCUGCGCGCCCUGCUCCUCGGCGCAGCCGGGCUGCUGCUCCUGCUCCUGCCCCUCUCCUCUUCCUCCUCUUCGGACGCCUGCGGGCCCUGCGAGCCGGCCGCCUGCCCGCCCCUGCCCCCGCGGGGCUGCCCGCUGGGCGAGACGCGCGACGCGUGCGGCUGCUGCCCGGUGUGCGCCCGCGGCGAGGGCGAGCCGUGCGGGGGCGGCGGCGGCGGCAGGGGGCACUGCGCGCCGGGCAUGGAGUGCGUGAAGAGCCGCAAGAGGCGGAAGGGUAAAGCGGGGGCAGCAGCCGGCGGCCCGGAGGUGAGCGGCGUGUGCGUGUGCAAGAGCCGCUACCCGGUGUGCGGCAGCGACGGCACCACCUACCCCAGCGGCUGCCAGCUGCGCGCCGCCAGCCUGCGCGCCGAGAGCCGCGGGGAGAAGGCCAUCAGCCAGGUCAGCAAGGGCACCUGCGAGCAAGGUCCCUCCAUAGUGACGCCGCCCAAGGACAUCUGGAACGUCACAGGUGCCCAGGUGUACCUGAGCUGCGAGGUCAUUGGCAUCCCGACCCCUGUCCUCAUCUGGAACAAGGUGAAAAGGGGACACUAUGGAAUUCAAAGGACAGAGCUCUUGCCUGGUGACAGGGACAACCUGGCCAUUCAGACCCGCGGUGGCCCAGAGAAGCAUGAAGUGACCGGCUGGGUGCUGGUGUCGCCUCUGAGCAAGGAGGACGCGGGGGAGUACGAGUGCCACGCGUCCAACUCCCAGGGGCAGGCGUCGGCGUCCGCCAAGAUCACGGUGGUGGACACCUUGCACGAGAUCCCAGUGAGGAAAGGGGAAGGUGCUGAGCUGUAACCGCAGCACUGCAGGUCGGCAAGCUACAAGCAGUCACGGGAACUGCAGCUCCUGCCCUCGGCUAACACGCGGCCCGCUAACGCUUUACGUAGUCACUGGUUUUACACAACAGUGCCAACAUAAGGAUAACACAUCGAGACUAUCUACAAAACUUUAUUUACAGGAAACCAUGCGUAUCAUUAAACAAAACAAAUAAAAUGCUUUUUAUUGCAACACA